AACGAUAGUAGGACACAUCAUGAGUUUCACUGACAAAGUGGUUAUAGUGACAGGAGCUAGUUCCGGCAUUGGUGCUGCGACUGCAGUUGUGUUCGCUAAAGAAGGUGCCAAUUUAGUGAUAGUUGGCAGAAAUGAGGAUAGACUGAAUAAAGUAGCUGAACAAUGUGCCAGCAGCGGUAACCAGCCACUUAUUGUCAAAGCCGAUAUGACAAACGAUGACGAUGUCAAGAAAAUCGUAACGGAUACCAUAGAGAAAUUUGGAAAAAUCGACGUACUAGUAAACAACGCUGGAAUGUCAGUUUCUGGUAGCAUACUGAAUGGAGACUUAUUGAAAGCAUACGAUGAAACAUUAGCUGUGAAUCUACGUGCAGUUGUUCAUCUCACAGCCUUGGCUACUCCUCAUCUUGUGGAAACUAAGGGCAAUAUUAUAAAUAUAUCUAGUAUAGCUGGAAAGAUGGUAACAACUUCCCUCUCUUUGCCCUAUAGUAUUUCUAAAGCUGCAAUAGACCACUUCACUCGUGGCGCAGCCUUAGAACUGGCGCCAUCAGGAGUAAGGGUGAACAGUGUUAGUCCAGGACCAGUAAAAACUGAUUUCUUCGAUAACGCAGGAACGGUAAUAUCCUGGGAAAUUAUAGCGUCUCGUAUCCCAUUGAAAAGGUGCUCUGAACCCGAAGAGGUUGGCGAUAUUAUUCUUUAUCUAGCAAGUGAUAAAGCAAAAGGCAUCACGGGAUCCGACUUCGUUUGUGACAAUGGAGGUCUUUUGAAAAUAGGUUAAAGUGAGGGAAUAAAUGA